CUUCCGGUCUGCUGAGGGUAGGGACCAGGUCGUCGCUGCUCAGGGGCUGAGGACCCUCAGUCUUCUGGGAAGAGUGUGAAGAUGCUAAAGGAGCGUCCAGGGAUGGCAGAAGACCCUCAGCAGCAGAUGGGUGUUCCUGUGGUAAAGCUGGAGAAAGAGUUGCCAUGGGGCAGGGGAAGGGAGGACCCUAGUCCUGAGACUUUUCGUCUGAGAUUUCGGCAGUUUCGCUACCAGGAGGCAGCUGGUCCCCAGGAAGCCCUCAGGGAACUGCAGGAACUCUGUCGCCAGUGGCUAAGGCCUGAGCUGCACACCAAGGAGCAGAUCCUGGAGCUGCUGGUGCUGGAGCAGUUCCUGACCAUCCUACCACGGGAGUUCUAUGCCUGGAUUCGGGAGCAUGGCCUGGAGAGUGGCAAGGCUCUUGUGGCCAUGGUGGAAGACUUCACAGAGAAAACAUUGGAGGCCAAGGCGGUUCCGUGUCACAUGCAGGGUGAACGGGAGGAGACAGCACUUUGCAGAAGCCCUUGGGAGCCAGGUGUCCACCUGGCGCCAGUGGAGGUCAAGCCCGAGUGGGGGAUGCCCCAUGGGGAAGGAGUUCAAGGCCUAGACCAAGGCACUGAAGAGCAACUCAGUCAAGACCCUGGAGCUGGGACACAAUCCUUCCAAGAGCAAGCUCUGCCAGUUCUUCAGGCUGGUCCUGGUCUCCCUCCAGUGAACACCAGAGACCAAGAGAUGGCAGCUGGGUUCCUUUCAGCUGGAUCUCAGGGGUUGGGGCCGUUUAAAGAUAUGGCCCUGGCCUUCCCCGAGGAGGAGUGGAGGCAUGUGACCCCAGCCCAGAUAGACUGCUUUGGGGAAUACGUGGAACCCCAGGACUGUGGGGUCUCACCUCCAGGUAAGACUGUUUCCAUCCCAAAGGUAAGAAACUGAGGAGUUUUGAAAGCUACAGGUCAAGGUUCUUGCCCUUGCCCUAGAUUUCAGAAUCUGGUGCUACUGACCAAGGAAGGCAAGUAAAUGAGUCCAAGGAAAGAGCAUGGACCCAGGGUUUAAGGAGCCGGGUAUGUAUUCUCCUGUCAGAAGAGCUGACGAGGAGGCAAGAAAACACAAGGUAGUUGUUCUGGCUGUGUUGAGACAGGUUGGUCAUCACGAUUCCUGGAGCACCUACUCUGUCUGUGACCGAAGAUUACCCACCCAGGGUAGAAAGCGAAAGAGCAUCAAAAGAUGAUCCUCAGAUCUCGUUCCCUCAGCACGGAUUUACUGAGUGCCCCUCGGACUCUGGUUUCAACUUUGCAGCUUUGUGUUGGGGCAGGACUAACAGCAGGGAAGCCUUCGGAGUGCGAGGCAUGUGUAUAGAGGACAGACAGAUGGUCGAUGUGGGCCCCUGUCACAGAGCAAGCAGAGCCUGGGCUGGGCCUUCUCAGGUGGUGGCCAGAUUUUACCUGGGGUUGGAGCUGGGAGGGUGAGACCAUGAUGCACAUGGAAAGUGCUCAAAGGAGGAGCAGCAAGAGAAGGGGGGAGAGUGAGCUUGGGGAAGUACAGGGAGAGGCCCUGGCGAGGAAGCCUGGGAGAGUGCUGCGGGGGCUGGAGACUCCCAGAAUGGAGGUAUCUCUGCGGGUUGGAGCGGGGAAGGAAAAGAAACGUCACUGAUUACGGUCCUUUCCUUUGUUCCCUCUGCUUUUCAUAACUUUCUGAGUUAUGUACUGAUUGCUCAUUUGUCCUGACUCCACCCCAUCUGGCCUUUUUUCAUCUUGAAAUAUGUUUAGAGAUGAGUGACAAUAUCACUGUACUGCCUUUAGCGCAUCAGAGAACCCGUUCUUGCUCCACCACUUCCUAACUGUGACCUUUCUAGGCCUCUGUUUCCUCAUUUGCAAAACGGGGACAUUCAUAGAGCUCUCAUGGCGUCGUGAGGAUUAAGUGAGAUAAUAAAUCUAAACAUUUGGUGAAUAUGGUAGUGUUAAGAUAUUUUUAUUAGCUAUACAAAUAUUAAUUUCUUUAUGAGUCAAUCAACAUUCAUUUAUUUAUUUAUCCAAAAAUAUUUAUUUCACACUAAUUAUGUGGCCAACACUCUGCCGGUCACCCUGAAGAGUUAAAGGCACUUACCUUUGCAAUCUUAGCAGUUCAUAUGAAGAGCCCAAGUACAUGGAAUGAUGGUCAUUAUGGAGUAGUGUAAGGGGUCUUAGAGGAGGGGCUAAGUAGACCUGGUUCCACGACAGGGAUGUUACACCAUGGCAGUGAUAUGAGUGGCCAAAGGAUGCCAACCUAUGUUACAAAAGAUAUAAGACUUCUUUUUUUUUAAUUAACAAUUUUUAAAUGUUUAUUUGUUAUUGAGAGAGAGAGAGAG